AUACAACAGUCUUCCAGCAGUUACACCAUUAAAAAUGUCUGAGGAGGAGCACUGCUAUAUGUUCCUUUACCCAAUUAUCCAUCCUUUCUUUCUUGGCCCUCAAAAGGAAUAUAAACUUUUGCUGAAUCAUUCCACAGGAGGCUCAAGACAGAGACCUGACUUUGCCUGUGUGGUGGGUGAUAUACCAAUUUUAAUCUCAGAGAUCAAACCCCUUGGAUAUACACCACUACAACAAAGAAAGGAUAACUUGAGGAUACAGUUGCAAGCCAGAAAAUAUAUUAAUCAGCAAUUGUGGACAAAGCUGAAGCAGCUAUUUUUGCAAAUAUGGGCACACUGA